AUGGCUUUGAGGACUAUCAACAGCAAUAAGGAUUGUGUAUUUAGCACAGAUGAUCCAUUUGCUGAAGAGGAACAACAAUCUCGGCCUUUUUAUUAUCCUACUCCUGAGAAAUACUUUGAUCCAGAACAACGACGUCAGAUAUCGAUAAAACCUCGACGGCUGGAUAAGGAAGAGGAAAACUUGGAGCUCAUCUCGAAGGCAUUUAUCGAUCGUUCUCACGAUUUGAAACCUAUAGCAAAUCAACAAGAAUCAUUAUAUGAUGAAGAAACUUGGCCAACUACCAGCAGUGAUCAGUCUAUGGCAAUGUCCACCCCAGAAUCAACCUCAAAUCAGCGACGCAGUAAUGUCGCAAAAACUGCUGACAACAGCAAUGGCAAUAAGGAUUUUACAUCAGCACAGUUAACUAGUCUCAACCGUAGCCUUAAUGAACACAAAUCGAUCCCCUCAAGAGACCAAAUCAAUAACAAUCAAACCAAAUCUGAUAAAACUACAAUUUCUUGGUAUAUAGAUAGAUUUCGACAAUCAAAACCAACUCCAAGGGAUGAACGAAAUCUUUCUACUGAAACAUCUGACUUCUGGUGGAAAGACAACGACAACAAGACAGAAAUCACUAAAAGCCUGCAAGGUAUCCAUUAUGAACGUGAGGCAAUGAAAGAACACACUUCCAAUGCCGAUGGAAAGACAAGUGAUAGCGGUAACACAGCAACUAGCCACGAUGAAAGAAAAUUAGAUCCAUUGAAUGACAUACACCAACGAGCCAAUUUACUAAUCAGUGAAAGCCAAAGCGUAUUAUCAGAAUCCAGUUUGAUGCCUCGUGUAAGCACCGACGGAUUCUCGUCUGACCUGUCCGAUCGAAAAAGCGAUCGUUAUGUCUUAACAAGCGAUAGUAAAACCAUCUCCAAGCAAACCUCUAGAAGUCCUCCUCUAAGAGUAAUAAAAAAUUUCGAUACUACCACUCAAAAUAUUAAAAACAAUUGUCCAGAAGAAAUUAGUCAUGCUCAUAGUAACGAUGACCUAUUAUAUCAGUGGCGGAUAGCACGAAAGAUGGAGUUAGCUAGAUUAUCGAGGGCCAGAUCAGGGUACCUGAAAACUAAAUCACAAUUUAUUCCACGUGUGGCUAGCAAUCUGCAUAGUUCAGAAAUUAAUUACUCAAAUACGAUUAGCAAUACUAAAUAUCGAUUGAAGGAUGCUGCUGUACAAACUGUUCAUAAUUUUGACGCUAAGAUGGUAGCGAAGACCAUUUCCUUCGACGUUUAUACCCAAACUAAUGCUCACUUGGAACAGAUUACUGGUGAUAGACUCGUGGCUACCAAUAAAACGGAAAAUAGCACAAAGACAUUAGUAAAUCAAUCCCUAAUUACAAGCAGUGUACACACAGUUGGUGAAAAGGAAGAAAGCUUAUUGAAGCACAAUAAUUCUGAAAUUACCUCAGAUAAAGCCGUAAAUGCUGAUCUUUUGGUAUCGGAUUGCAACAACUAUGAAAAGAACGUUAACAUGAGUUUAGGAGAUGUGAACGAUAUCGCUAAAGAAAGCGCUAGUGUACAAAAGAAUUUAUCCAAAGGAAGUUCUGACCAUAAUAUUGUGCCGCAAGAAAAAAACGAUAUGAAAGAGCCUGAAGACUACAAUGUUGACUUGGAUUCCAUAUCUAGCGACGAGGAAUAUCAAGAUGAAAUUUUACAAAUUCUAGAAGCUAAAGCGAGUCAAUGUCGUCAACAGUUGGCGCAGGGUAGAACAUGUAAAUUAAAAUUAUGGUUACAAUUAACAUGGACUAUAGCUCAUGGAGAGUUUAAGCUAUCGGCUACCUGGGGACUAACCACCAAUCUUGACCAAUUAAUGAUAAAUUACGGACACUAUCAGGAUUUCUUCUUAAAAGUAACAUCUGUCAGUUUUUAA